AUGCUUCGAGCUACAGAGGAAAUGGGCAUAGAUUCUGGUCGGCACCCCACCAACUCUCAGUCGAUUGUGUUUGGUCCGUGGCACAUAUCUUACAGCAUCAGUCGCAUCCUGCCCAGCAUCUGCUCCACAAAAGUCGUCUGUGAGAAAGAUGAUAAUAAUUUCUGCCAGUUCUGUGUAUAUUGCAAGGAGCUCAGCAUUCCUCAUUUCCCAGACAUGGUGUUUCCUAUGAACAUUCUGACAUUGAAACACAAUGCCGGUGCUGAGCUGUCAUUCAAUCCGUUGGAUGCUCUAAAGCGGGUGGCCGUCACUGCGGAGGCCAUUGAAGUGGCUUGUGCUGAAGAAUGGCAGGAGGCUAGACCAGAUGCAGCAAAGAAAAAAAAGCCCUUUGAUUGGACAUUCACAACAGACUACAAGGGGACACUCAGCAAUAACAUAGAAGUGAUUCCCACAGAUGAACAAAUCAAUUUCGAGAUAUUGAAAUUGAAAGAUGAAAUACUCUUCUACCAUGAUCUCACUUUGUUCGAAGAUGAACUGCAUGAUCAUGGCGUAUCAAAGCUGUCUGUUAAAAUUCGAGUGAUGCCGUCCUACUGGUACGUGCUGCUCCGCUACUUUCUGCGUGUGGACGAGGUGCUGGUGCGGUCCCACGAGACCAGGCUGUUCCACCAGCUGAAUACAGACUAUGUGCUCCGAGAGUAUACACAUAAGGAGGACUUGGCCAAGGAUAUUAAUGUGAGUUAUUCUGCCAGGGUCAGUUAA